AUGGACACCGAUGAUGUCUUCUACGAGCCCCUCGAGGGCUUCAACGCUGGGGGCGAUCAGGAUAACGAGAUCGAGAGAUCAUUACAACGUCUCCUAGCAGAUCUCAACGACGAUGAAGUCCCGAACCCGAACCCCGGGACGAAUGAUGCGUCUACUCCCGACCCAGAGUCGAUUCUAGACUCAGUGCCCACGGUUGAACAGGAGGAGCACGAACAACAAACUCAUGACCCGACCAGCGAGUCACAAGUCUCGAUUCCGAAAAUAGGUUACACGAUUCAGGUUGCGAUCCGUGAGAUGCCACUGGAGAAACGCAAGGAAUACUCUGUGGUCCGGAGCGAGAUCGUCGAGUUUGUUUUCGGAGAGCUUCCACUCAAGCGCGUCCAGGCCAGUUAUAAAGUCGAGUUCACAGAUGGGAGGCAAGAAUCGCUUGAGAUACCCUUUACUGAACUCGUCGCCCUGGAGAACGGAAGAGCUGCCUUUGCUCGUUUUAACCAAGGACCUGGGCCUCUUGAGACCGACUCCAUGGCUGGGUUACGGAAGCGAAAGCGCGAGCUCGAGGAUGAGUGGGAUUCUGACUCCGAGUCAGUUGCCUCUGAUCCCAUGGACAUCGACGACAACGAAGAGGAAGAAGAGGAAGAGGAAGACCAAGAGCUCAUUCGUCACAGACGUGCACCCAGUCAACCAGUUCGACGUCUUCGCUCUCGGGAAACGACAAAGCAGAUCUCUCGAAGCCCCUCCGUCCAGGUCACUAAUGAUGAUCUGGAUGACCUCCGAGAAGAACCCCCAGUCCCGACCAGAUCACUCCGAACGCGCCAACCGAGACAGAUGACCCUGACUAGCAUGACCUUUAAGAACGGCGAUGGUAGUCUGGACCAGGAUGAAUUGCUUCAAGACCUACCCCCAGAGGAGGAAGAGGAGGGUGAUGAUGAUUUUAUGCCCAUCAUUGUCUCGGACGUCUUACCCAAAAAAGGACGCCCCAACAAAGCACGUCAACGACCCAAGCGCCUCCUGAGUGCACGACACAAAGCAGCACGCCUUGCGACACGCCAGAAGUCUCAUGACUCUGACAUCGAAUUCGAAGCCCCUCGACGUUCUUCAAGAGCCACCCGAACCACCGCCAACAUGCAAGACGAUGCCCUCAUGGACGAGGAUUCGUUCUACGUCGUCGAUGAGAGGGUUCCAGGCCCAGCCAAGGUUAUUUCAGUCAAGGAGGUCUUCCAACCGCUGCCUUCGGAUUCAACAUUCGUUACAAUGCACAUGGAUAAGUGCCAUACAUGUGGUGGCUCGCGGAACAGGGGACAGAUGGUUUACUGUCAAGGCUGCACCUUGUCGUACCACAAGAACUGUCUCUCGUUUCGCAGCGGACGGGAACACCAGGUCACCAAAGUUGGGGUGGACGACUUUGUGUUGCAGUGCAGGUACUGCAUUGGCAUCCCGAUCAAGAAGGAUGAAAAUGCUCCCAAACACAGCAUGUGUCAGGGCUGCAAGCGUGACGGCCGUGCCUGCGCAGCCUUUUCCGAGAAGAAGACGUCUCGCCAGGAGGAGAAGAUGCGGGAACAAAACUAUGGUGUUGACCCUAUCUUCAAAGUUGCCCCUGACCUCCUGAACAACGACGAGAUUGUGCUUUUCCGAUGUGUUUCGUGCCAUCGAGGUUGGCAUGUUGAACACUUGCCGAGCCUUAGGGGGGACUCGAUUGGUACAGAUCUCAAGUCAGAGCGACUCAAAGAUCAUUCUAUCGACUGGCAAUGCCACGAGUGCGGGACAGCCAAGCACAAGAUUCACCGCCUGGUGGCAUGGCGACCUGUGGAAAGGGAUCUCGCCAAGCAGGUUCCUCGACCGACAUGGCAUGAUGUUAAGGAGGACGACAAGGAGUAUCUCGUCAAGUGGGACACACGAUCCUAUAGUCACUGCACAUGGAAGCCAGGUGCCUGGGUACAUGGUGUGGCUGCUGCUACGAUGCGCUCUGCCUUUGGGAAACGAGAUGCUGAGCAAGAUCUUCUCAAACUCGACGAAAACGAUGCAGUUCCAGACGAGUUCAUCAUGCCCGACAUCAUCCUCAACGUCAAGAUGCACUCUUCGAUCCCCAGACCCAAGACGCGAGAAGAUGAGCUUGCCAACAUGAACAAUGUGAGCAAGAUCUUCGUCAAGUUCCAAGGCCUUGGCUAUGACGAUGUCGUCUGGGACGCACCACCAACAGAGGACAUGGGCGAUAUCUACGCCGCCUUUGUGGAGGCAUACUACGAAUACGUCGAGGGCAAGUACUUCAAGUACGAGUCACAGCACAAGAUCAGGGAACGUGUCAAGGCGUACAAGUCCGAACCUUUCGAGGAGAUCAAUGAGCAGCCUGCUGGCCUUAAGCGAGGCAAGCUCAUGGGUUACCAGCUUGAGGGAGUGAAUUGGCUGCUGGGCAAUUAUCACAAUGGACGCAGUGUUGUUUUGGCUGAUGAAAUGGGUCUCGGCAAGACUGUCCAGGUCGUUGGCCUGGUCACUUCACUGAUCCAGGAUAGUCCAAGGUGCUGGCCCUUCCUCAUCGUCGUUCCCAAUGCCACAUGUCCCAACUGGCGCCGAGAGUUCAAGCAAUGGGCCCCGGAGCUACGAGUUGUGGCGUAUCACGGCGGAAAGGAGCCGCAAGCCCUCGCUCACAAGUACGAGCUGUUUCCGAACCAAUCUGCGGACAUGAAGGCCCACGUUGUCAUCAUGUCUUACGACUCAGCUCAAGACCCCGCGACUAAAUCCAUCUUCAAGUCGGUCAACUGGGCAGGACUCGUCGUUGACGAGGGUCAGCGACUGAAGAAUGACCAGAACAUACUCUACGGUGCUCUUCGUUCUAUGAGGAUCCCCUUUCGACUUCUCCUCACAGGCACUCCGCUCCAAAACAACAAGAGGGAACUGUUCAACCUACUUCAGUUCAUCGACGAAAAGAAGAAUGCCGAAGAGUUGGAUGCAGAAUAUGCAGUCCUCGACAAAGAAACGCUACCACAGUUGCACAACGAAAUCCGCCCCUACUUCCUCCGCCGCACCAAGGCAGGGGUGCUCAAGUUCUUGCCGCCCAUGUCCCAAAUCAUUCUACCCGUCACGAUGACGGUGAUUCAGGAGAAACUCUCCAAGAGUAUCAUGGCCAAAAAUCCAGAGCUCAUCAAGGCCAUGUUUUCCAACAGCAAGAUGAACAAGAAGGAACGUGGAAGUCUCAACAACAUCUUGAUGCAACUACGAAAGUGUCUUUGCCAUCCUUUCAUGUAUUCCGAGGCUAUCGAGGAGAGACAUCACGACCAUACGGUGCUUCAGCGCAACUUGAUUGAGGCAUCAGCUAAGCUACUGUUGCUGCAGGUCAUGCUUCCAAAGCUACAGGAGAAGGGUCACCGCGUGCUCAUCUUCAGUCAGUUCCUACAGCAGCUGGACAUUAUUGAGGAUUUCCUCGGUGGUCUCGGCUACGACUAUCGUCGUCUCGAUGGUAGCAUUGGCAGUUUGGAGAAGCAGCGACGUAUCGAUGCGUUCAACGCACCUGGCUCGCCCAUCUUUGCAUUUCUGCUCUCAACAAGAGCUGGUGGUGUGGGAAUUAACCUUGCAACCGCAGACACAGUAAUCAUCCUCGACCCCGACUUCAACCCACACCAAGACAUCCAAGCUCUAUCUCGUGCCCAUCGAAUUGGACAGAAGAAGAAGGUCCUCUGCUUUCAGCUAAUGACAGUAGACUCUGUGGAAGAGCGAAUCAUGCAGAUCGGCAAGAAGAAGAUGGCUCUUGAUCAUGCCCUGAUCGAAAGCAUGGACGAUGACGAACUUGCUGGAGAUGAUUUAGAAUCGAUUCUCAAGCACGGUGCCCAGGCGCUGUUCAGCGACAACUACGAGAAGAAGUCUAUCCAUUAUGAUUCUGCUGCGGUUGACGAGCUGCUGAACCGAACGCACAUGGACGAAGUCGACGAGGACGAAGAUGCUGCCUUUUCCUACGCAAAGGUAUGGUCUAACGAAAAGUCUGGAUUCGAAGCAGGCCUCGCAACCGAAGAGACGAAGGAGCCAGAGGCCUUGAACUCGAGUGUGUGGGAUCGUAUUCUAGCUCAGCGAGAGGCCGAAGCAAAACAGCAAGCAGCUGCGAAUCGCGAGGUCCUUGGACGAGGCGGCAGACGCCGACAGGCUAUCAACUACAAGACGAAUGCAAUAGACACGGUACCCAUUCUCGGUGAUCUCGAACCCGAAUCGUCAGACUCGUCUGAUGACUUUGCCGGCGGAGACUCUGGAGAAGAGUCUGAUGAGGAGGAUGGCACAUCGGCCAAAGACGCCGAAGAAGACGGGCCGAUCAACCUCCAAGCCUCCAACGCCCGCAACUCAAGGGCGCAGCAAGCCCUCGCCGAAAUCCACCAAGCUCAACAGCAGCAGCAGCAAGUCGGCCGGAAGUCCCGUCAAGAAACGCCAAACACCGUCAAGCACCAAGUCUCAAAAACCGAGCUGCCGAAAGGAGGCAGCAAGCAGCAACAAAGCAACGGGCAAAAAGGCACGCCCAGCGGCCAAAUGAGCCAUCAACGCAUGCCAAACCCAUACCCACGUCCUGUGAUUGGGGUUGGGGAGAACGGGCAGCUCCCUGUUCAUCUCUCACGAUACAUCAAAGGUAACUAUCUUAAUCCAGGAAGCCCUGCAGAGCCAGCGGCAGUGCCAGUGCCAGUGCCAGUGGCACCACAGCAUGCUGUUCCCACGCAGCCCGUCAACCGUCCUCCAAUAGCUGCCUACAGUACCGUCCGCCUAGGGUCAGAAGCCGAAGUGAGGAUGGCAAUCGAUUGGCUGCAGCGCUCACACUCGACAUCAGACAUUGAAGCAAAGCAGCAAAAGGCUCUGCUGCUUAACCAGCUAAGAACAGUUAGCAAUGACAUGCGCAAGCAAGCGUAG